ACUCAGCCAGCAGUAAUGGGAUCCCAGGAAUAUGAUGACAAGUUUUAUUAUGUGUACAGUUGUGACUUAGAUGCAAACUUACAAGUCAAGAUCGGGACGCUGGAGGGCGAGCGGCGACGGCCCGACUUCGAGGACCUGCUGCUCGACCCGAUGCUGGAGUUCUCCGGCAGGUGGCAGCAGCAGUGCUCCGACAUGUACGUCGAGGUGCAGGUGCGCGGCGCUGACGGCGAGCUCGCGCUGCCCGUCACCACCUCUUACAAGGCCUUCACCACCCGAUGGAAGCCGUGCAUCGGCGUGACACUGACCGUGGAUCGGCCUGGAAACGAGUGGCUGGACGCAUGCCCGUGCGCUACUUGCGACCUGCCCGAGGACGCCUCACUGCGCUUCACCGUGUUCGAGCCCAGCCGGCCGCAGUCGGCCGCCGUCGUCGGCUCCACCAGCAUCCCGAUCUUCACCGCCGAGGGCUGCUUCAACCAGGGGCUGCACGACCUGAAGCUGGCGCCGGUGGAGUCUGAGGGUGGCGGCGGCGAGGGGGCCGCCCUCGCUGACCCCGCCCCCUCCCCCGCCCCCGCCGCUGGUACCGUCGGCUCGCCUAAGAAGGACGCCACCGAUCAGAUGGAGAGGCUGAGCAAGCUGACGAAGCGGCACCGGAACGGCCAGCUGCAGCAGGUGGACUGGCUGGACCGGCUGACGUUCCGCGAGAUUGAGCUGAUCAAUGAGCGCGAGAAGCGCUCCUCGUCGGCGCUCUACCUCAUGAUCGAGUUCCCCAAGAUCCUGUGCGACAAACAGGAGUACGCGAUGGUGUACUUCGAGCAGGGCGCCAACAUGGAGGUGCAGUACCGCACCUGGACCGACCUGGUGACCGUCGACGAUCACGAAGCGGAGCUGGACAACCUGCUGGAGCUGAAGCACCAUCACCUGGCGCGCUCGCUGCGCUCGGGCGUCACCGACCGCGACCUGAAGCCGGACGCGGUGACACGCGACCAGCUGAGUGCGGUGGUGAACGCGCCACCCACGCGCCCCACCAGCCGCGAGGCGCAGGACCUCGUGUGGAAGUACCGCUUCUACCUCAGCUCGCAGAGCAAGGCGCUGUCCAAGUUCCUCAAGUGCGUCAACUGGGAGCAGAACUCUGAGUCUCAGCAGGCGCUGGAGCUGAUGGCGCGCUGGGCGCCGAUCGACCCGAACCAGGCGCUGGAGCUGCUAGGACCCGCCUUCAGCCACCCGGCCGUGCGCGCCUACGCCAUCACGCGGCUCCGGCAGGCACCAGACGAGGAGCUGCUGAUGUACCUGCUGCAGCUGGUGCAGGCGCUGCGGUACGAGAUCGAGGAGACGAUCUACGCCGGGCUGGACGUGUCUCCGGCUCAUUCGCGGCGCUCCUCGCUGAUCAUCACCAGCCUGGCCUCGACGUCGGUCGACGACAGCGGCAAGAGCGAGUCACCGGCGCCCAGCGACGAGUCUGAGCGCGCGCCGGCCCGGGAGCUGGCGCCAGAUGCGCCGCCGCCGCCGCCCACGGACCUCUCCUCCUUCCUGAUCAGCCGCGCCUGCCGGAACGCCGUGGUCGCCAACUACUUCUACUGGUACAUGCUGAUCGAGUGCGACGAGCUGGACGACCCGGCCAAGCAGGACAUCCGCGUGCGCAAGCGGUACCUGGCCGUGAUGAAGCGCUUCACGCAGGCGCUGACCCGCGGCGGCGCCGACUGCAGGGCGAAGAAGUCAGUUCUCCUUCGACAGCAGCACUUCAUCGGCAAGCUGGUCAAGCUUUUUAAGACCGUAGCUAAAGAAAGCGGAAACAGGCGUAAGAAGAUCGAGAAGAUGCAGGCGUUGCUGGCCGACCCGGACGCUUUCAAGUUCAACUUCGCCACGUUCGAGCCGCUGCCGCUGCCGCUGGACCCGGAGGUCCGCAUCUGCGGCGUCGUCCCGGACAAGGCGACCCUGUUCAAGUCGGCCCUGAUGCCGGCGCGGCUGACCUUCCUCACCGACACCGGCGACGAGUUCGUCACCAUCUUCAAGUACGGCGACGAUCUGCGCCAGGAUCAGCUGAUCCUGCAGAUCAUCAUGCUCAUGGACAAGCUGCUGCGUCGCGAGAACCUGGACCUCAAGCUCACCCCGUACAGGGUGCUCGCCACCAGCAGCAAGCACGGGUUCGUGCAGUACGUCGAGUCCUCGGCAGUGGCCGAGGUGCUCAGCACCGAGGGCAGCAUCCUCAACUUCUUCCGCAAGCACCACCCGUCGGAGGCGGGGCCGUACGGCGUCAGCGCCGACGUCAUGGACACCUACAUCCGCAGCUGCGCCGGCUACUGCGUCAUCACGUACCUGCUGGGCGUCGGGGACCGACAUCUGGACAACCUGCUGCUCACCAAGGACGGCAACCUGUUCCACGUUGACUUCGGCUACAUCCUGGGCCGCGACCCCAAGCCGCUGCCGCCGCCCAUGAAGCUCAGCAAGGAGAUGGUGGAGGCGAUGGGCGGUGUCAACUCGGAGCACUACCAGACGUUCCGCAAGCAGUGCUACACCGCCUUCCUCCACCUCAGGAGGCACGCGGACGUCAUCCUGCACCUGUUCUCGCUGAUGGUGGACGCCAACAUCCCCGACAUCGCCCUGGAGCCGGACAAGACGGUGCGCAAGGUGCAGGACAAGUUCAGGCUCGACCUCUCGGACGAGGAGGCGGUCGGCUACAUGCAGAACAUGAUCGACGUGUCGGUGACGGCCGUGAUGGCCGCUCUCGUCGAACAGCUGCACAAGUUCGCCCAGUACUGGCGGCGGUAGGCGGACCUGCCGCGCUGGCGCGCGCGCGCGCGCAGCCGGCGCCAUGUGAUAUGUGAGACCACGCCGCGCUGCCUAUUGCCAUUAUUUAUCGUGUCAUUCAGGUGUAUGUGCAUUAAUAAACCAUUUGUAUA